AUGAUCACAGGCGUGACGGGUGGAGAGAGCGGGGAAGAUGCGGUUGAGUUGGCUCAGCUGAUCAUCGUUAGGGGUGUAGUUUGCAAGAGGGGAGUGGAAUGUUACCUGAAAUGGGAAGCCGUCGAUUAA